GUGACGUGACGUCACCGCGUGGUGCGUUCAUAUCCUUGUUUGUAAACUUCCUGGUGGAGCUAACGGCGCUAGCAACAACUUGGUGAUUUCGGGCAGCGAUCAUGAUGGCGUCUAGUUAUAACGCCAAAGACGAAGAUGGACAUAUAACCGUGUCCGGGCCCGGCGGCGGGACUCUGCGCAGCAAGAAGCCCGAGAACACUGCGUUUAAACAGCAGAGACUACCCGCUUGGCAGCCCAUCCUCACCGCGGGCACCGUGCUCCCUGCCUUCUUCAUCAUCGGACUCCUCUUCAUUCCCAUCGGCAUCGGCCUGUUCGUAACGUCCAACAACAUCAAGGAGUUUGAGGUGGAUUACACAGGCGUCGACAUGUCCAGUCCCUGUUUCAACUGCUCCCAGAACUUCAGCUGGAACAGCACGAGGCCUUGCACCUGCACCAUACCUUUCUACCUGGACCAGCCAUAUGAGAGCAACGUCUACGUGUAUUACGGCCUCUCCAACUUCUACCAAAACCACAGACGCUACGUCAAGUCGAGAGACGACAGCCAGCUGAAUGGAGACGUUAACUCCCUCAUGAGUCCCAGUAAGGAGUGUGAGCCGUACGCUUUUCAUGAAAACAAGCCUAUUGCUCCGUGUGGGGCCAUCGCCAACAGCAUGUUCAACGACACAUUGGAGCUGUUUUACAACGACCCCAACGGCACGAGGAUCCCGAUUCCUCUGAACACUACGGGCAUCGCCUGGUGGACCGACAAGCAUGUGAAGUUCGGAAACCCCGGAGGCAACCCCAACCUCACAGCCGCUUUUCAAGGUACCACGAAGCCGGUGAACUGGCGCAGGCCUGUCUACGAGCUGGACGCUGAUCCGGGGAACAACGGCUUCAUCAACGAGGACUUCAUCGUGUGGAUGAGAACGGCCGCCUUGCCGACCUUCCGCAAACUCUACCGCAUCAUCAACAAGAAGAGCAGCAUGGUUCCAACUCUGCCCCGAGGAAACUACACUCUGGAGGUCGUCUACAAUUAUCCCGUCCGCAGCUUCGAGGGCAGGAAGCGCGUGAUCCUGAGCACCAUCUCCUGGAUGGGGGGCAAGAACCCGUUCCUGGGCAUCGCGUACAUCACGGUGGGCUCCGUCUGCUUCUUCCUGGGCGUCGUCCUGCUCAUCGUUCACCACAAAUGCGGCAACCGAAACAACAGCGCCGACAUUUCCAACUGAGGCGGCGGCCUCCAGCUCACCUCCUCCUCCUGCUGCAGUGAGCACAUCCGUCAGGGUCAACUUUAUCGUCCACAGGCACCACUGGUAGAUACAUAAAAAAAAUAAAUAAAUGUAAUACAACAAAUUAACGUCUUCAGUGGCCAAAAUAUGGGUAUUUUAGGGUUUCAAAUCGCUUGACGGCAGCUGAUUAUUUGCCAAAGUGAAUGGAAACGUAGCCAAAUAUUUGAUGCCACAGUCGACAUCUGAACAGUUUUUAAAAGAUCUUCCCUCCUGGUAACAUGAGCAUGAUAAGCACGAGUCUCACCUCUCACUAACGUCUCACCCUAUUAACUGCCUUUUUAAAAUAAAAAAAUCCUAAUUCGAGGACUGGGGAAAGUAAGUUUUAAUGUGGUAGGUUUUGAGAAUUAGACCAACUGUGGAAUAUGACUGCAGGAAGAGUUUCAAGAGUUUCAAUACAUAGUCUAUAGUUGCAUACAAAUGAUAUAUUAAUACAACACUUUCACGCUGCAUG